AUGUCAAAGCAUCCUGAUACUAAAGAGGAAAUUAACGGAGUGAUUGAGGAAUUGAGUAAAGUGGAGUUCGGGAAAGAACCUAGAAAAGAGAGUAAGGAAGAGAUUGGGCCUGUUUCGGAGAAUCAUCAACAACAAUCGCUGACAGCAAACAAGUCUUUACAAAGUGUUGAGACAAGCCCGCCUGAAAACAAACCAGAUACCUCUAAGCCAUCAAAUUUAUCAGCAAAUACAACUCAAUGCUUGUCAAACCAAGAGCUUGUUAAAUCUAUCCCUCCACCUCCACCUCCACCUAAUGUACAGCACAAUAUACGACGAAUCGCAAUACCCAAACCACAUAAUUUUAUUAGGACUACUGAUUAUACUCCUCUAGCCGAAUAUUAUGCUGCACAAAGUCCUCAUCAUCCUAAAUUAAGAGAAAUUAAAAGAUUAGAGGCUGCUCAAGCUCCAAUUGAUCUUUAUCGGAUUGCCAAUCGCAACAACAACAUCAAUGUCCCUCCAACCAAACUCACGGCUGACAUUAGUGCCAUGUGCAAACAUGCCACUAGUACAGAAGUUCGAAAAGUUAUUUCCAACGUGUUAGUUAAUAGUGAGAAGCUGCUUAAGAAAAAAUUGUCUGAUUUACCAAAACAUUUUAAGCAACUCGUACACACAUUCGACAAGAAUCCAGAAGCGUAUUUACGUGUAAAUGCAGAACCAAUAUUUAUGGACGGUUAUACAGCUUAUGAAUACUUUGAUGACCGUGACUUGGCACACUUGUACUAUCGUUGCCGUUAUUUCCAUAUUGAUGAUGAUCAUCGAAUUUACUUUCAAGCCUUUAAUCCUGACACAAUUGGUAAACCAGAAUAUGAUCAUUUGAAACAACUUUUAGUUUCUUCUUUAGAAAAAUUGGUAUUCGAAAUUGCCAGUGAAAAAUUUCAGAUCAAGAUUGAUGAUCCUGUUGAUCAUAUGCAUGUGGUUUCUUUUCAAUUACCACCUACUUCAUUAAUAGACACUGUUGAAUAUUUGGAACAAUUUUUAGACGAAAGGGAUGAAAUAGUUGAAUCUCGUAUCCCAGUGUUUUCCCCAAAACUGAUGAUUCUUGAUUCAACUCGAGUGACAGCUUUUUUUAUUAUUAAGUUGAGAGGAAAACAAAUGCCUCCAGAACGGAAAUGGAUAUUUGAUGAAGAAUAUUCAUUCAAUAUUCUCACAAAUUAUGGUUAG